GAAGUCAAGUGUCAAACUGGAUCAGGCAGGAUGGGCAGGAUCUGCAUCUGACUGAGACAGACAGACAAACAAGAGAUGCCAACAUUUAACUGUGUUUUUAGUGGAUGAUAAUAUUAUUCAGAGUAUUUAGUAGUACACCAGUCACCGGAUUUUGGACGACAGUGUGACGAAACUCAUUUUCUAGCUCUUGAACUUUAAUCAAGCGGGCUUACUUAGUCCUUACAAAAAACAAAUAGCCUAUUUUUAUCUGUUCCUUUGGUUCUAAACAUGGACUCCCUUUUUUCAUUAUGUUGGAGAGAUUACAAUAGUAGCAUUACUGAAGCUUUUGGUUCUCUUCUUAUGAAUGAAGAUUUGGUGGACGUGACUUUAAGUUGUGAAGGAAAGAUGAUCAAAGCGCACAAAACGUUGCUCUCUUCUUGCAGUCCAUAUUUUCUUGAAGUUUUUAAGGAAAACCCUUGCCAGCAUCCAGUCAUAGUCUUCAGAAAUGUGCAGUAUGUGGACCUUAGGGCGAUUGUUGAAUUUAUGUACAAAGGCGAGGUCAAUAUUCUACAGGAACAGCUUGAGUCGUUUAUCAGCACCGCUGAUAUGUUGAGUGUGAAGGGACUAACCGACGGUGAGGGUGUGAGCAAAAUUAAAGAGUUUUGUGAAGAGAAAAUGCAAACUGAACAAGUUAAAGAACAGCUGACAAAUUCAAGUAAAACUGAAUCUUUUGACCACAAAAGUCCUUUAGCUAAGAAAAGGAAACCUAGUUCAGAAAAGCCUAACGGCAUUCCUUUGGAAAAAAAAGUCCCAGUUAAAGAGGAACCAGAAAAACUAGACACUGUUUGUGAUAACGUUGGAUCACAAGUUUCUGAUCCACUUGUCCCUAAAGGUUUGACAUCAGUAACAAAUACUUUGGGUGAAGAUAGAGAAGAUGUCGGUGAGAGUCUGAAAGUUACGGCUCACCCAUCUGAAGAAGUUUCUUCUAAAGAAAUAUUAGAAGAGGUGAUACAAGUGAUUGAAGAGGGAGGCAACACCAAAGAAACAGCCUUUCCAGAUAGUAAUAUUUUAGGCCCAGAAUCUAAAACAUCUAUUCCUUUAAAGAAACGAAAAAACCUGGAAGAGGAAGAGAGUGAAAUCCCUGUCAAAUUGGAGAAGAUAACUUCUCCUGGAAAAUGUACUGCUGACAGUGUUACAAAAGUACUUGCAGAACCUGUGAAAGGAAAAGUCCACAUCCCAAAAGGUCUAGUAGUGACGACAGUAAAAGCUAAAUCAGUCGAAGGACUCUUUGAUUUCCCCACUCAGGAGUUACAAACUGUACAAGAUGAAACUAUUGAAGCUCUACGUUCAGAAGAUGCCACUACUCCUGUUCAUGAAGAGACGACACAAGACGCCCAUGACAAUGUUCCUCUGGGCUUCAACCCAGAAUUGGCUGAGGAAGCUCCUACCAUGCAAUCAGAACAAACUGAGCUAGAACAACCAGUCGAAGAGGAACCCAAGGAGCCAGAGUUUGACUAUUUCGGAUGUGAAAUUUGUCAGACUGAAGCCAAACCAGUGGACCUUGAGAGAAUCGUGUUCAGCCACAAGUGCCCUAUCUGCCCAUGUGCUUGCUUCUGUAGCCAUCUACUCAAGGAACACAUGAAAAUUGUACAUGGAUGGUUCAAUGUCCAGCGAAGAUACACUCAAUUUUGAUUAGUCACAAAGAGUGUCGUGGUUUUGUGUUUUAACCGUAAAUAAAAUUUAUAUUCCAGAAUACAAAACUUA